CCUCACGCUACAUAUGGAGUAGUUGGGUUUCAGAAGUUAGCUGAGGCAGUCAUUUUUUGUUAAAAGUUAGCCUUUCAAGAACUUUGGUGAAUGCAAACAAACGAAGUAAAGUCAGAAGAUAGUCAUGACUGUAGUAAUUGGAUUUGAGGGCAGUGCCAAUAAGAUUGGAAUAGGAAUCAUCCGAGAUGGUGAAGUGCUUUCCAACCCUAGACGGACCUACAUCACCCCUCCUGGUCAAGGAUUCAUGCCAAGUGACACCGCUAGGCACCACCGUGCUGUUGUACUGACAGUCCUUAAGGAGGCGCUGGAACAAGCAGGACUGAAGCCUGCAGACAUUGACUGUGUGGCAUACACCAAAGGUCCUGGUAUGGGGGCCCCUUUGGUGACGGUGGCUCUUGUGGCUCGUACAGUUGCACAGCUUUGGGGGAAGCCGCUCCUUGGUGUAAACCACUGUAUCGGACACAUAGAGAUGGGCAGACUCAUCACACAAGCUAACAAUCCCACAGUGCUUUAUGUCAGUGGGGGAAACACACAGGUUAUUGCGUACUCUGAGCGGCGGUACAGGAUAUUUGGGGAGACCAUCGACAUUGCUGUUGGUAACUGUUUGGACAGAUUCGCCAGAGUUAUAAAGAUCUCCAACGAUCCGAGCCCAGGAUACAACAUAGAGCAGAUGGCCAAAAAAGGGAGUAAGUAUGUGGAGCUGCCUUAUACAGUUAAAGGGAUGGAUGUGUCAUUUUCUGGGAUUUUAUCCUACAUUGAGGAGGUUGCACAUAAGAUGCUGAGCUCUGGUCAGUGUGCAGCAGAGGAUUUGUGCUUCUCCCUGCAGGAGACGGUGUUCGCCAUGCUGGUGGAGAUCACAGAGAGGGCCAUGGCUCACUGUGGCUCCCAAGAGGUCCUCAUCGUGGGUGGCGUUGGCUGUAACCUUCGUCUGCAGGAGAUGAUGGGGGUGAUGUGUAAGGAGAGAGGAGCCAAACUGUUUGCAACAGAUGAAAGGUUCUGCAUCGACAACGGGGCGAUGAUUGCUCAAGCAGGCUGGGAGAUGUUCAGGUCAGGUCAUGUGACAGAAAUAGAAGACUCGUGGAUCACCCAGAGGUUCAGGACAGAUGAAGUGGAGGUGACAUGGAGAGACUGAUGAAUGUGGCAACAUACCAGAGCUCUGUAUAUACUUUGACAAUUGGGACAGUCCUUUGUGUUCUGCUUAACUGAUUAAUUGGAGACUUACAGACAGAUAUGGGGGGAGUUUUUUUCUGAAUUUCAAGUCCUGUUGGUCAGUUUAGGGAUACAGUUCAAUUGUCGGGAUUUUGUUUGGUGUAAAAGACUAAUUCUGUUGAACUAGAAAUUAUUUAUUUUUCCCUGUCAUCAAGUUCUUUUAAUUGUCCAGGAGGGAACAUGUUUUUUGUGCCUGUUCAGUGGGAAAUACUUUAAUAAUAAAAAGACUCAAGAAGAA